AACGGAGGCGAGCUUUAACCGGAGAUCGUGCCUGUCAGACCGGGGCAGAGUAGGGACAAGCCGGGGUGAUUGGGGCGCAGUCCGGAGCGCUGGAAUAGGCGGUCAGGCGAGGGGGUUGCGAGGGAUCCUCGGUGCAAAGCCCUGCCCUGUGGCAGCGGGAGCAGCCUGCACAGGCCGGGCGGAAGGGAGGUCCAGCAGCAAAGCGGAAUAUGGCGGAGAGACGGAUUGCAUUGCACUGUUAAAGAAACAAAUUCAUAAAAACAAGCACCCCUCAAAACUGCACUGGGGCAAAGCAUGCUAACCGUGAAGCGCUGUGAUCCAUGAUCCCGGCCGAGGGAACCUAGGCUUGAUUUAUCUUAUUGAGACGCUGUUUUCUGAACAGGCCACACUAUGCGUGAAUACAAGCUUGUGGUCCUCGGCUCGGGGGGUGUGGGGAAGUCCGCUCUGACAGUACAAUUCGUACAGGGAAUAUUUGUUGAAAAAUAUGACCCCACAAUAGAAGAUUCAUACAGAAAGCAAGUGGAAGUAGACGGACAACAAUGUAUGCUUGAAAUUCUCGACACAGCAGGGACAGAGCAGUUCACAGCGAUGAGAGACCUGUACAUGAAGAACGGCCAGGGUUUCGCUUUAGUAUAUUCUAUUACAGCACAGUCAACAUUUAACGACCUCCAGGACUUGAGAGAACAGAUCCUACGAGUGAAGGACACUGAAGAUGUCCCAAUGAUUCUGGUUGGCAAUAAAUGUGAUCUGGAGGACGAGCGGGUCGUGGGGAAGGAACAGGGUCAGAACCUAGCAAGACAGUGGAACAACUGUGCCUUUUUAGAGUCCUCUGCAAAGUCAAAGAUCAACGUUAAUGAGAUCUUUUAUGACCUGGUCAGACAGAUCAAUAGGAAAACGCCAGUGGAAAAGAAAAAGGCUAAAAAGAAAUCGUCCUGCCUGCUGCUGUGAGAGUCCAGCCAGCAGCAGCGGCAGCAGCAGCUCUGAGCAUGAAUGCAGGAAUGAAGAACUGUUGCCCAAAUUGGAAGGUGCCAGCAUUCCAGAUUUAAUACAAAACAAUCUGAAAGUUACAAGCUGUCUGAAGAGGCUCCUGUUCUUUUCUGUAUGGUUUAACUGAAGAAUUCUGAUUUCGGAGGACGGAUUGGAACGAUCCGCACCCCCCCACCCCCA